AUGAUGAGCAGAGGUUUGUCCACCUGCGUUUGUCCACCUGGGUUUGUCCACCUGCGUUUGGCCACCUGCGAUCGUCCACCUGCGUUUGUCCACCUGCGAUCGUCCACCUGCGUUUGUCCACCUGCGUUUGUCCACCUGCGUUUGUCCACCUGCGUUUGUCCACCUGCGUUUGUCCACCUGCGAUUGUCCACCUGCGUUUGUCCACCUGCGUUUGUCCACCUGCGUUUGUCCACCUGCGAUUGUCCACCUGCGUUUGUCCACCUGCGUUUGUCCACCUGCGUUUGUCCACCUGCGAUCGUCCACCUGCGUUUGUCCACCUGCGAUCGUCCACCUGCGUUUGUCCACCUGCGUUUGUCAACCUGCGAUUGUCCACCUGCGUUUGUCCACCUGCGAUUGUCCACCUGCGUUUGUCCACCUGGGUUUGUCCACCUGCGAUUGUCCACCUGCGUUUGUCCACCUGAGAUUGUCCACCUGCGUUUGUCCACCUGCGAUUGUCCACCUGCGUUUGUCCACCUGCGAUUGUCCACCUGCGUUUGUCCACCUGCGUUUGUCCACCUGCGUUUGUCCACCUGCGAUUGUCCACCUGCGAUUGUCCACCUGCGAUUGUCCACCUGCGUUUGUCCACCUGCGUUUGUCCACCUGCGAUUGUCCACCUGCGUUUGUCCACCUGCGUUUGUCCACCCUGCGUUUGUCCACCUGCGUUUGUCAACCUGCGUUUGUCCACCUGCGUUUGUCCACCUGCGUUUGUCCACCUGCGAUUGUCCACCUGCGUUUGUCCACCUGCGUUUGUCCACCCUGCGUUUGUCCACCUGCGUUUGUCCACCUGCGAUUGUCCACCUGCGUUUGUCCACCUGCGUUUGUCCACCCUGCGUUUGUCCACCCUGCGUUUGUCCACCUGCGUUUGUCCACCUGCGUAGGCCAUAG